CUGCGGACACGGUACAGGAGAGGACCAGAGACUGCGGACACGGUACAGGAGAGGACCAGAGACUGCGGACACGGUACAGGAGAGGACCAGAGACUGCGGACACGGUACAGGAGAGGACCAGAGACUGCGGACACGGUACAGGGGAUGAGCAGAGACUGCGGACACGGUACAGGGGAUGAGCAGAGACUGCGGACACGGUACAGGGGAUGAGCAGAGACUGCGGACACGGUACAGGGGAUGAGCAGAGACUGCGGACAUACUACCGGACCGGACUGCAGAGCAGGGAGCGCAGUACAAAGACAUGUCAGGAGUGGGGAGGAGCUCCGAGGAGAGGCCACACCUGCAGGGCA